AUGAGAGAGAAAUACGGUGGUACUAGUGUGACUAGACUGAGGCAGCUGACUAUUAAAUUUGACACUUACAAGAAACUUCCUAAUCACAAUAUCACACAACAUGUGAGGAUCAUGUCUACUAUGAUUAGGGAAUUGAAGUUAGUUGGUCAUAUACUCUCUGAUGAGCAACAAGUUCAGGCUUCGAUCCGCUCUCUUUUUUAUAAUUGGGAACAUCUGAAAGUCAAUUUGACUCAUAAUGAUAGUAUCAAAACAUUUGCUGAUGCUGCCUGCCAUGUGGAAUUAGAAGAUGAGCGCCUUGGUGCAGCCAAAUUUUUAGUACAAGCUUUUGUGGCUGAAUCUAGUUCUGGGAAAGCUUCAGGCUUUAAGCGUAAGAAGAACUGGUUCAAAGGUGGGAAAGGAAAGGGAAAAGAAACUAGACAGGGACCUAAAAAGAAUAAACACAAGCGCAAUAACAAGGGUAAAUGGUUUGGAAAGAAGAAAGAUAAGAGCAAGCUGAAAUACUUUAACUAUCAGGUGAUGGGUCACUUUGCUCAGGAAUGCCCUGAGCUAAAGAAGAUUGUAGACUCAGGAGCGAUAGACCAUGUAACCAGGGAUCGAGAAGUGUUUGUGGAGUUCUGUCGAUUUCCAGCUAGUACAAAGUGGAUAUAUGUCGGCAACGAUGAUAGAGUGGAGGUGAAAGGGAUCGGUACAUGCAAGUUACAUUUGCAUGGUGGCCGUACUAUUCUCCUUCAUGAUGUCCUGUUUGCACAGGGGAUACGAAGGAACUUAAUUUUCGUUGUUGUUCUUUUAAGAUUACGUUUCAACUUGAACUUUUGUGGUAAUUCUGUUCGUAUAAACAAUCGUGAUGUAUUUUAUGGAUCUGGGCAUGUAGAAGAUAGCUUUAUAGUGUUGGAUUGUGAUUCAAACACUUAUAAUUAUUAUGUUGAUCGUUGUUUUUCUAUGAAUGUAUCUUCUUCUUCUUCUAAAGAUUUGAAUGUUGAUACAUUUGUAUGGCAUGCUAGAUUAGGAUAUAUUGGACAAGAAAGAAUGAAUAGAAAACUAUGUGAUGAUAAGGGAAUCAUUAGACAAUUAACUAUUUAUGAUACACCUCAACAAAAUGGUGUUGCUGAGAGGUGGAAUAUAACGUUGCUAGAAAUAGUGAGGUCCAUGAUGGCGCAGGCUAACUUACCUAUUUCCUAUUGGGGAGACGUUUUAUUAUCUGCGACCUACAUUCUGAAUAGAGUUCCUUCUAAAUCAAUACCUACUACACCAUAUCAGCUUUGGACAGGUAGAUCCACUAAUUUAGGUUCUCGUAGAUCUUGGGGAUCAGCUGCCUAUAUCUAUGAUUCCUCAAGUAAGUUUGGAAAAUUGGGUGCUCGAGAGUCAUGUGAUGUGACAUUUCUUGUGAGUGAUUUCCUUAGUAGGGGAGAAAUUAAAAAGGGAGAAACUUUAUAUGAAUUAGAUGAUAGAGUUGUACUUGAUGGAUUAACUCAAAUGCAAGAGGAAUCACUUCCGCUUGUCGAUCCAAGUGGGAGUAAUUUAUCUCCAACUCCAAGUGACAGGGUCACAUCGGAGCUUUCACUUCGUAAGAGUACUAGAAAAAGUAUGCCUAAAGAUCAUUUUGAGAUUGAAGGGCAAGUUUUCCUAGUAUCUCCUGAAGAUGGUGAAGAACCAAGUUCAGUACAAGAAGUUCUAUCAUGUCCUGCAAAUGAAAAAUGGAAGAAUGCAAUGGAAGAAAAGAUGGAGUCUAUGAAAUCAAAUUAA